UCCGCUUUCGACACGUGUUUAUGGAAGAACAACAAACAAGCUUUAACUGGAAGCGGAGGAAAAGCCCAGUUGAGGUAAUUUGCUGUCACAUUGACAAGUCUAGGAGGAACAGGAGGUUGCAUCCAACCCAUUUCACUGCAUCACAUCAACAGUAUCCUGGUCAUGGUAGAAUUCUUAUCAAGGGUCUGAGGAAACAUUCAACUGAAGGCAAAGAGACUGUUGAAAUGUCAAGUCUUGAGCUAUCUUGUCAGACGGUACUCCAAGGCCCACAAUGCUCAAAAGACAAAGAGACUGUUGAAAUGUCAAGUCUUGAGUUAUCUUGUCAGACGGUACUGCAAGGCCGACAGUGUUCAGAGACUAGGAUCAAACGUGAGAAUGAGACUCUGGAAGCAUCUGGACGUCAGCAGAGCACAAUAGAUGGGACAAGCAUUAGUGAGGAGAGAAUAGAUGAAGGAGAUAGUGCCCUUGGUGGAAACAAUGGAUCAAGUGAAUGUGAGAUGACAGAAUCUACAGGAACUGAGUGUUCACACUGUAAGAAACUAGAUGGGACAAGCAUUAAAGAGAGAAUAGAUGAAGGAGAUAGUGCCCUUGGUGGAAACAAUGGAUCAAGUGAAUGUGAGAUGACAGAAUCUACAGGAACUGAGUGUUCACACUGUAAGAAACUAGAUGGGACAAGCAUUAAAGAGAGAAUAGAUGAAGGUGAUUGUGACCUUGGUGGAAACAGCGGAUCAUGUGAAUGUGAAAUGAUAGAAUCUACAGGAACUGUGUGUUCACACUCAUGUGGAUCUCGGCGAAAUGAGGAAGAAAGAGGAGAUAGGGCCCUUGGUGGAACCGGUGGAUCAUGUGAAUGUGAGAUGACAGAAUCUACAGGAAGUGUGUGUUCACACUGUAAGAAAAUAGAUGGGACAAGCAUUAAAGAGGAGAGAAUAGAUGAAGGAGAUCGUGUCCCUGAUGGAAACAAUGGAUCAUGUGAGAGGACUGAAUCUACAGGAAUUGUGUGUUCACACUAUAAGAAAAUAGAUGGGACAAGCAUUAAAGAGGAGAGAAUAGAUGGAGGAGAAUGUGCUGUUGGUGGAAACAAUGGAUCAAGUGAAUGUGAGAUGACAGAAUCUACAGGAACUGUGUGUUCACACUAUAAGAAAAUAGAUGGGACAAGCAUUAAAGAGGAGAGAAUACCGGUAGAUGGAGAAGAAUGUGCCGUUGGUGGAAACAGUGGAUCAUGUGAAUGUGAGAGGACAGAAUCUACAGGAACGGUGUGUUCACACUCAUGUGGAUCUCGGCGAAAUGAGGAAGAAAGAGGAGAUAGGGCCCUUGGUGGAACCGGUGGAUCAUGUGAAUGUGAGAUGACAGAAUCUACAGGAAGUGUGUGUUCACACUGUAAGAAAGUAGAUGGGACAAGCAUUAAAGAGGAGAGAAUAGAUGAAGGAGAUUGUGUCCCUGAUGGAAACAAUGGAUCAUGCGAGAUGACUGAAUCUACAGGAAUUGUGUGUUCACACUAUAAGAAAAUAGAUGGGACAAGCAUUAAAGAGGAGAGAAUAGAUGGAGGAGAAUGUGCUGUUGGUGGAAACAAUGGAUCAAGUGAAUGUGAGAUGACAGAAUCUACAGGAACUGUGUGUUCACACUAUAAGAAAAUAGAUGGGACAAGCAUUAAAGAGGAGAGAAUACCAGUAGAUGGAGGAGAAUGUGCUGUUGGUGGAAACAGUGGAUCAUGUGAAUGUGAGAGGACAGAAUCUACAGGAACGGUGUGUUCACACUCAUGUGGAUCUCGGCGAAAUGAGGAAGAAAGAGGAGAUAGGGCCCUUGGUGGAACCGGUGGAUCAUGUGAAUGUGAGAUGACAGAAUCUACAGGAAGUGUGUGUUCACACUGUAAGAAAGUAGAUGGGACAAGCAUUAAAGAGGAGAGAAUAGAUGAAGGAGAUUGUGUCCCUGAUGGAAACAAUGGAUCAUGCGAGAUGACUGAAUCUACAGGAAUUGUGUGUUCACACUAUAAGAAAAUAGAUGGGACAAGCAUUAAAGAGGAGAGAAUAGAUGGAGGAGAAUGUGCUGUUGGUGGAAACAAUGGAUCAAGUGAAUGUGAGAUGACAGAAUCUACAGGAACUGUGUGUUCACACUAUAAGAAAAUAGAUGGGACAAGCAUUAAAGAGGAGAGAAUACCAGUAGAUGGAGGAGAAUGUGCUGUUGGUGGAAACAGUGGAUCAUGUGAAUGUGAGAGGACAGAAUCUACAGGAACGGUGUGUUCACACUCAUGUGGAUCUCGGCGAAAUGAGGAAGAAAGAGGAGAUAGGGCCCUUGGUGGAACCGGUGGAUCAUGUGAAUGUGAGAUGACAGAAUCUACAGGAAGUGUGUGUUCACACUGUAAGAAAGUAGAUGGGACAAGCAUUAAAGAGGAGAGAAUAGAUGAAGGAGAUUGUGUCCCUGAUGGAAACAAUGGAUCAUGCGAGAUGACUGAAUCUACAGGAAUUGUGUGUUCACACUAUAAGAAAAUAGAUGGGACAAGCAUUAAAGAGGAGAGAAUAGAUGGAGGAGAAUGUGCUGUUGGUGGAAACAAUGGAUCAAGUGAAUGUGAGAUGACAGAAUCUACAGGAACUGUGUGUUCACACUAUAAGAAAAUAGAUGGGACAAGCAUUAAAGAGGAGAGAAUACCAGUAGAUGGAGGAGAAUGUGCUGUUGGUGGAAACAGUGGAUCAUGUGAAUGUGAGAGGACAGAAUCUACAGGAACGGUGUGUUCACACUGUAAGAAGAAACAUGAAAUAUCCGACAAAUCUGUCAAAAUCCCUCUUCAUUGUUUCUUUUGUGAUUGUUCUUUUUCUGAACAAAACCAGCUUACGAAACAUCUCCAAAAUCAUGUUCGUAUAUUGAAUUCAGACACAUUUCAAUGUUCAACUUGUAAGGAGUCAUUUUUUUCUAAUUCUGAUCUUGCAAAACAUGUAAAAAUUUGUGCUGAGAGGAAGCCUCAUGAAUGCAUUCAAAGUGCGAUUUCAUUGGCUACAAUAGAUGGUGAUAAGAUAUGUAGUGAAGGUACAGGAGAUUUAGAGCUUCGAUUUCCCUGUUCUCAUUGUAAUGAGAUAUUUUCUUCCAAGCGGCACUUAGACAGGCAUUUAGAUGGAAAAAAAAUUCAAGAUGAUAAAGUAGAGUUUCCACAAAAACCUUUCCAGUCCUCAAGUUGUGGUAGACGAUUUCUAUCUGAAUGUGGUCUUGCUGAUCAUAACCGAAAACAUGAAAGUAGAUCAUAUGAUUGUUCUUCCUGUAGCAAAUCAUUCAUAUCUACUAAAGAGAGACUAAGGCAUGAAAAGGAGCAUGGAGACCCAAAGUCUCUUGAAUGUCAGUAUUGCAGAAAGACUUUCACCUAUAGAGGUAAUCUAAGAAAUCACAUAAAGACUCACUCAAAUAAAAGACCCCAUGAAUGCCAACAUUGUGGCAAAAAAUUCAACCAUAAAGGUAAUUUUAAUGUUCACAUCAGAAUUCACUCUCAGGAGAAGCCGUAUGAAUGUACAUAUUGUGGUAAGAAGUUUAAAGUAGAAAGUUCUCUAAGUAGACACAUAAGAAUUCACACGAAAGCGAAGCCUUAUGAAUGCAAACACUGUGCCAAGAAAUUCAAAACAAAUAAUGGUCUUAGUAGACACAUUAUAAUUCAUACAGGAGAAAAAAAUUAUGUAUGUACAUACUGUAGCAAGGAAUUCAGCAAAAAAGACAAUCUCUUUUGGCACAUUAGAUAUCACACAAAAGAGAAACGCUAUCAAUGCCAGUAUUGUGGAAAGAAAUUCUUAUUUAAUAAUCAGCUCAAUGUGCACAUAAGGAGUCACACAAAAGAAAAACCUUAUCAUUGCCAGUAUUGUGGCAGCAAUUUCAGCACAAAAUAUGAUCUAAAAGUUCAUAUAAGAAUUCACACAAACGAAAGACCUCAUCAAUGCCAAUAUUGUGACCAGAAGUUCAUCACUAAUUCUAAGCUCAAUCAACACAUCACAGUGGUUCACACAAAUGAGAACCCUUUUUUGUGUCAGUAUUGUGGCAAGAAAUUCAACAAAAACAGUAAUCUUUAUAACCACAUAAGAAGUCACACACAGGAGAAGCUUCAUGAAUGUAAACAUUGUGGGAAGAAAUUCAGACUUAGCAGUCAUCUAAAUGAACACAUUAGAAUACACACCAAAGAAAAGCCUUUUGAAUGCACAUAUUGUGGCAAAAAAUUCAACAGAAAAUGGGUUCUGAAUACACAUGUUAAAAUUCACACACGGGAGAAAUCUUGUGAAUGAGAUUAUUGUGGCAAGAAAUUCAACACAAAAAGAUAUGAACGUAUUAGGUGUCUAAAUGAACAUUAGGAUUCACACAGAAGAGAAGCCUUAUUAAUGUGGUCUUGCUAAUCAGAAAAGAAAACAUGAAAAACAGAUCUUAUGAAUGUUCUUACUGGAGCAAAUGUCUUACAUCUUCAAAAGAGAGACAAAGGCAUGACUUAGGGAAUGGAGGCCGAAAGCCUCUUGAAUGUCAGUAUUUAAGGCGGAAAUACAGUCAAUGAAGUAAUCUGUUAAAAGAGAAUACAUAAGAGUUCACAAAAGUGAGAGACCCCAAAGAUAUUUUAAAUGAUCAUAUAAGAAUUCAGCACAAAUCCUAUUUCUGAAUGGAUAUUUUAGAAUUCACAUGAGAGACCCAUCUAUGCCAGCAUUGUAGCAAAAAAAAAAGAAAAUCUAAAGUUAUAAGCUAAGUGUGAACACAUCACAAUAGUUCACACAAAAAAGAAACCACAUGUAUGUGAGUAUUGUGGCAAGAAAAUCAGUCAAAAUUAUUUUUCUAACUAAACAAAUAAGAAUUCAUACAAAGUAAAAGCCUUAUGAAUAUAAUCAAUGUAGCAACAAAUUCAGCACAAAAAGGUCAUCUAAAUUACCUGUAUAUUAGAAUUCACAUGAGGUACAUCAUAUCAAUGUUAAUACUUUGUGGAAAGAAAUCAAUACAAAAUUGUGAUCUAAGCUAUUCAGUCCUUUCGCAUUUUCAUGAUAAAUCCAUAAUGCAAGAGGUACCUGAUCAAUCUUUUUUUAGCUAGAUGAAGAACAAGCAAGGGCCUAGGACACUACCCUGUGGGUCUCCUGACAGGCCAUCAAUACAAUUAUAUUUGAUCCUUGUAACAACUGUCAUCAAUAACUUAAGAGAUCAGAGAUCCCCUUUUGGGGACUCCUUUGGCACCAUAGUUGCUAAGCUCAUGGACCAAGAGUGAGUAGUUAACAUGGUCAAAAGCUUUGGUGAAAUCAAUAAUGAGAUAAUCUGUCUGCUUUUCCUGUGACAUGUGGUUGUAAAACAAAGCUCAUCUAAGAAUCUUGACAAUGGGGUCUCACAAGAUCUGUUCCCCUUCUUAUGCCGUGUUGCAUGUGAACACAAGACAUGAGUUUCCAGAUGGCACAUAAUGUGCAAGUUAGGAUUUUUUUACAGUACUAUCAUGCGCAUGUGCAUUGCAAAGUCAAGUAUCCUUCGCAUCAUUGUCAGUGCAAAUUUGACAUCAAGAACAAAAUAGAAAAACAAAUGAAAGUAUGAAAGAAGAUUGAACUCGUUGCGCUCACCCUAAAAUGUUUGUGGCCUCGACCGGCCUUGGCUCGAGGAUAAAGUCCAAGGACAAGGCUAAGGAUUUACCUCCGGCUUCGAGGAUGAAUUUGCGGCCUCGAGGCCAAGAUCAACCUUGAGACACACAACACUGUUAAACAAUGAAAAAGAUCUGAUGAAAAAAUGAGAAAUCCAGCUGUAGGGUUAUGAUAAUGCAAACAAUUUAACAAGUACUCCUCCUCCUUACAGCAUAUUUGCACCCUAUCCAUGUGGCAAAAGUUAUAGUCUUCCAUAUUGGUACAUGUAGAUAUAGAGUCUUCAUAUAUUUAACCAUUAGUUGGGUGACACUUAAAAUCGUGUAUGCUUUUCUCUUUGUUCAAUGCACAGCAUAUGGAUCUUGGCGAAAUAAGGAAGAAAGAGGAUAUAGGGCCCUUGGUGGAAACAGUGGAUCUUGUGAAUGUGAGACGGAAUCUACAGGAAGUGUGUGUUCACACUGUAAGAAGAAACUUGAACUAACCGGCAAAUGUGCCAAAAUGCUUCUUCAAUGUUUCUUUUGUGAUUGUUCUUUUUCUGAAGAGAACCAGCUUACAAAACAUCUCCAAAAUCAUGUUGGU